UAGAUGCAUCGGAUUUCGGGAUCGGUGCUGUGCUUGCGCACAAAGUUGGCUCCCAUGAUCGUCCUAUUGCCUUUGCGUCCAAAUUGCUCUCGUCUGCGCAAAGAAAUUAUUCACAGAUAGAGAAAGAAGCUUUGGCUCUCGUGUUUGGUGUUACUAAGUUCCAUGAUUUCUUGUAUGGUCGUCAAUUUACCAUCAUCACAGACCACAAACCUUUGACAUCGCUUUUUCAUCCGACCAAGCCUGUACCUCCACGUACAGCGCAGAAAUUCAUUCGCUGGUCUAUUUUCCUCUCGCAGUACCGCUACGAUAUCUUGUAUCGGUCCACUGCUAAGCACGGAAACGCCGAUGCGUUGUCCCGUUUGCCUAUUGCUGAGGAUAAAGCAUUCGAUUCUUCCGAACUUGCUUGCAUGUUCAUUGAUUCGGAAACCGAUGAAGUGGUCGAAUCGUUUCCGAUUGAUUUUCGUCGUGUCGCUACAGCCACAGCUGCUGACCCUGUCCUUGCUACUGUUUUACGUUUUGUUGCUACGCAAUGGCCUUUGUCAAAGUCUCGGAUCGAGGAUCCGUUGGUUCGUCGAUUUUUUGCUCACAAGGAGAGACUUUUUGUUCGACGUGGUGUUUUGUUGUUGCGUUCUGAUAAUGAUCAGUCCAGAGUCGUGGUCCCACGUUCGUUACAGUCCUCUGUUUUACGGCUUCUUCACCAAGGACAUUGGGGUAUAGUGCGAACGAAACAACUUGCUCGUCAGCACUGUACUUGGUUCGGAAUCGAUGCUGCGAUUACGAAUAUGUGUUCUUCGUGCCCGGCGUGUGCCGAACAACAGUCCGCACCGCCGCGGAAAGUCUUUGCAUGGCCAAAAGCCACUUCCCCUUGGCAACGCUUGCACAUUGAUUUUGCUGGUCCAUUCUGGAAUGCUCGAUGGUUGGUUCUGGUCGACGCCUUCAGUAACUUUCCUUUUGUUGUCCGGAUGUCUUCCACGACGUCCUCCGCCACCAUCCAAGCGUUGUCUGCUAUCUUUUGCAUUGAAGGUCUUCCGCAGACUAUUGUUUCCGACAAUGGCCCACAAUUCAUGUCCGCAGAAUUUCAGUCAUUCUGCCAGGCCAAUGGUAUUCAACAUCUGACAUCCGCGCCGUUUUCGCCUCAGUCCAACGGUGCCGCUGAACGAUUGGUCCGGACUUUCAAGUCACAGAUGUUGAAAUUGAAAGAGUCGCAUUCUCGGGAGGACGCAUUGUUGCUCUUUUUGUCUUCGUAUCGCUCUCAGCCCCGAGAUGGUCGCUCGCCGGCUGAGUUGCUCCACGGUCGUCCUCAUCGCACAUUGAUGUCUUUGCUGCAUCCGCCGCAUCAGGUUCCUGUGCAGCGGCAGACUCCUGCUUUUGCUCCAGGCGACGUUGUAUUUUAUCGCAACUAUCGAGCGCCGCAGACGCCGCGAACAGUCGCCAGUGCACUGCACUACCCGGCGCGGCGCUGCCCCGCCGGUGACCCAGUUGCGCGACGGCCGCCGACUAAUGACUGGCGUACACACACACCUCGCCUCGCCUCUGCCGGACCGGCCGGCCGGCCGCAAGGACGCCCCACGCCGCGCCGCACUGGCGCCAGCGCCGUCGCCCUGCCGGGACGCACUUUCUCUCCAAGGAAACGCGGCACGGUGCGGCGGCCUACAUUCACCUGCAGCUAUUCACUCGGAGCUGUAUCGGCUUUCAAAAUACCAUCACGGUCAGGCGCCACGCUACGUGACACAAUGGUGAGACACUGGAGUCGUAAUCCUCCUCCGUGGAUGAGGCCUCAAACACUGACUGGUGAGGUGGGUGCCAUGCGGGUUACAGCACGUUCAUUCAGGUGCUGGUAG